AACCCCCUCCACAGUUGUCCGACAUAACCCGCACUCCUCGAUUCCCCUCCGACACCACACUCUCCUCCAUCUCCAUUUUCUCUCUGCCUGCUCGCCGGCCAGGCCACGCCGCCACGCCGCGUAGCUCAACGCCGCCACGCCGCCGCGUCGCGCCGCUCCACGCUGUCGCGCCAUGCAGCUCCCCCGAGCCUCCUCCCGGUGCUCUCCCCCGUGCAGCUCCCCUGUUCUUUCCUCCGGACCUAAAAAUCACUUAUUUCCAUAUCGAUCUGUAGGGCAUGGGGACGAGGGCGGCGACGAGCGCGCCUGUUGCCGCGGUGAGCUCAAUACUCUUCGGCAGAUCCCUUCCCCAAACUCUGCUCCUGACGACAGCUCAUUGCUGGGGCUUCCCCCCAUGGAUGAGGAGGAGGACGACGAGUGCUGCCUGGCGGAGUUCUUCCGGCUGCUUCCUGGAGCGGUCCAGGGAGAUGGGAAGCUCUCCUAAUGCUGGUGCGGCAGUUCUGCCCGAUGGACUUCAUCCAGCCGUCCUGGGCUGCAUUAGCUGGUGGUGGCAUGGCUUCAUCGAGCGGAGCUACAAGUACAGAGAGCAGCACACAGUCAGUCAUGGCAACGAACUGAACGAGCUCUUGUCGACAGCGGCCGUGCAACACGCCGGCGGCUUAUCCUCGCCCCACCAGCUGCCACAGCAGCUACCCAUCCAGCUGUUCUGUGACACCGCACAGUCAGUCAUGGCCUCACUCACAGUCUGAAGGAUGGGAAACGUGAUCUAUGGUCAUGAGCCAUGCAGAUUGAUCCUCUUGAGGGCAUGGAUGUGAAGAUCGAUAUGUGAUGUACAAGUGUCGCAACGAUUUUGGUGGUACUGCUUGGUACUGCAAGUUGGAUUAUGUGAUGUAAGAAAUUGUAAUUUGUCGACAUGAUAUUAGUUAAUACUAAUAUUUUCUCCAUGGUAAUGGACAAAGUUUGAUUUCAAGUAUAAGUUUGAACUGAAAUUGAUUGGAUGACCAAACUGUACCUGUUUGGAUCUCUUUAUUUUGUUGUAUAGUUGCUUCUGUGGUAUCUUCUCUACUUUCUUUGUACCAUCA